AUUGCUGCGAGGCACUGAGGUGUGGACACUUUUUUUUACUUUACCUCGGUCUGCGCGUGCGCUGCCCAGCCCAACAACAGCCCGCCGCACCCAAGACAACGAGCCGGCCCUCGGUGCCCGCGCUUCGAGGGGACAAGCCAUGUUGCGGCCGGCGUGCAGCUCUGCUGCCGUUAUUUCUGGGCCGCCGCCCUUGCCCAGCCGCUCUCGCAGGCUCGCCGUCGCCAGCUCCCUCAUGUUUGUUCGUAUGCCUGCGUGCGCGUACCCGUCGUCGUCGUCGUCGUCCUUUCCGUUUGUCCGGCAGCAGCAGCAGCAGCAGCGUCUCCUCCACGCCGCCCGUCGCCUGUCGUCCGUGUCGCCCUCGCUGCCGUCGGCACCAUCACCGCCACGGCUGCUGUCAUUGUCUUCGCUGUCGUCUUCGUCGCAUCCACGUCGGGCCAAUCACGGCCCCUCUGCGCGGCACAGCUGCGGCGCUGCCUCGCGACGUCUUGCGUUGCUGCUGCCAGCAACGUCAGCAGCAUCCGCACCGGCACCGGCUGCUGGCCCCCUAUCCAGUUUGGGUAGCGGGACGCUGACGAGGCCCGGCAGACGAGCGUUGCUAGGAGGCGGCAGUGGCACGCCAGGUAGUAGCAGUAGCAGCAGAAGCAGCAGAAGCAUCAGCAGCUUCCCCAGCAGCAGCACUACGCCAACCCCUGUCGCCCCUGUGGGUUGUGCCCGACCUGGGUCCAGCGCCAGCGCCCGCACCAGCACCCGCACCACCAGCGCGAACGACAGGUUCUCUGCACGCACCAGCGGCGGCGGCGUUCUCGCUGCUGCGGCGACUCCUGGCUUCCAUAUGGGUCUACGUGCCCCGCCCCCUCCAUCCGCCUCCCACCGCAUCAACACCUCGUCCGCCUCUGCUGCUGCCACCACCACCACCAACUCUCUUCUCUCCCCCUCUCCUUUGCAAAUCUCUUCCCAGAGGACGGCCCAGAUAGCCCGUCACCUUGCGUCGCCCGCGUCCACCCGCCAAUUGCACUCAUCGACCUCGUCGACCGCCUCGUCUGCCUCGCCCACCAUGGCUUCCCCCUACAACCUCCGCAAGGUGGCCGCCGCCAACACCCUCGAGCACCGCGUCUACAUCGAGAAGGAUGGCGUCCCCGUCUCGCCCUUCCACGAUAUCCCCCUCUACGUCAACCAGGAGCAGACCAUCCUCAACAUGGUUGUCGAGAUCCCCCGGUGGACCAAUGCCAAGCUCGAGAUCUCCAAGGAGGAGCUCCUCAACCCCAUCAAGCAGGACAUCAAGAAGGGCAAGCUCCGCUACGUCCGCAACUGCUUCCCCCACAAGGGCUACCUGUGGAACUACGGUGCCUUCCCCCAGACCUGGGAGGAUCCCAACGUUGUCCACCCCGAGACCAAGGCCAAGGGCGACAACGACCCUCUCGACGUCUGCGAGAUCGGUGAGCUCGUCGGCUACACCGGUCAGGUCAAGCAGGUCAAGGUCCUCGGCGUCAUGGCUCUUCUCGAUGAGGAGGAGACGGACUGGAAGGUCAUUGUCAUUGACGUGAACGACCCUCUGGCCCCCAAGCUCAACGAUAUUGAGGACGUCGAGCGCCACCUGCCCGGCCUCCUGCGCGCCACCAACGAAUGGUUCCGCAUCUACAAGAUCCCCGAUGGCAAGCCCGAGAACCAGUUUGCCUUCACCGGCGAGUGCAAGAACAAGAGCUAUGCCAUGGAUGUCAUCCGUGAGUGCGGUGAGGCCUGGGAGCGCCUCAUCACUGGCAAGACCCCCGCUGGUGAAGUCUCCAUUGCCAACACGACCGUCUCUCGGUCCCCAAGCCGCCUCGCGCCUGAGCAGCUGCCUGCUCUUCCCCCUAACCAGGACCUUCCUCCCGAGAAGAUUGACAGCUCCAUCGACAAGUGGUUCUUCAUCAGCGGUGCUUCAGCUUAGAGAGCUUGCUGAAUGGUACAGCGAGGUGAAAGAUUAUCAUGAACGAGUAAAAGGCAGGGCUGGCUGCACCAUGCGUGCCACCAAGCGUAAUAUACAAAAGUUCCGACGUG